GGGACUUCCGGGAGCGGCAUGGCGGCCAGCGAGGAGAACGGGAGCGGCGUCGCCGCCGUCGAGGAGAAGGAAGAGGAGGAGACAGAGGCGGCGGCCUCUUCCUCGCCGUCGGCGCUGCGGCGGGCGGGCAACGAGGACUUCCAGGCGGGCCGCUACGAGGCGGCGCUGGAGGCCUACGCGCGCGCCCUCAGCCUCGACCCGCCGCGGGCCGAGAGGGCCGCCCUGCACCGCAACCGCGCCGCCUGCCACCUCAAGCGCGGGGACUACGCGCAGGCCGAGCAGGAUGCCUCCAAAGCCAUUGAUGUUGACCCGGGGGACGUGAAGGGGCUCUUCCGUCGCAGCCAAGCCCUGCAGCAACUGGGCCGCCUGGACCAGGCCCUCUCGGACCUCCAGCGCUGCGUCAGCUUGGAGCCCAAGAACCGGGCCUUGCAGGAGGCGCUGCGUAACCUCGGCAGCUGCAUGCACGAGAAGGUGAAAUCGGCAGCCUCAACCGACUCGAAAGUGGAGCAGAUGUUCAGGGUCUUGCUGGACCCUGAGGAAAAGGAUCAAGACAAGAAGCAGAAGGCCGCCCAGAACCUGAUAGUGUUAGCCCGAGAGGAGCCUGGAGCGGAGAAGAUUUUCCAGAACGAUGGGGUCCAUCUGCUUCUGCAACUGCUGGACACGGAUGGGCUGGAUAUGGUCCUGGCAGCUCUGCGUACCCUGACUGGUCUCUGCCGGGGUCAUCGUUCCCGGACGGUGGCAGUCCUGACAGCCCUGGGGCCUCGGCGUUUCUUUGCCAUGCUGGAGCUGGAGGAUGAGCAGGUCUCCCUGGUCGCCUGUAGCCUGCUGCAGGUCAUGUUCGAUUCCCUGAAGGAGGGAUUGCAGCGGGAGGUGCGUGGCAAGGAAGAAGCCUUGGUGUCUGAAACAUCCAAGGAGCUGAAAUUGCUGCUCAAGCAGCUGCUGGAAGCCCUGACCCGGGAGAGCAUCUCUUCCUACGGCCGCGACAGCAUCCUCAACUUGCUGAUCACGGUGGUGCCUCGGAAGUCGCCGCAGGAACCCAACAACAGCCUGGCCCUUUGGGUCAUUGACCAGGGUCUGAAGGAGAUCCUGGCGGUGGGAGGCACGGUGGCCCAGGCGCCCGGCGGCCUGCGAGUGACGGAGAACAGCCACAUGAGUGCGGCCGUCCUGCUCAGCAAGCUUUACGGGGACUUGAAGUGCGACGUGGAGCGGGAGAACUUCCACCUGCUCUGUGAAAACUGCAUCAGGGGCUGGUUCCAGGGCGAGGGGAUGCCUGGGAAGCUGCAGGCCAUCCGGGCCGUGUCGUGCCUCUUGCAGGGCCCCUUCGAGGCGGGGAACCGGGUGCUGGAGCUGAACGGCAUCAUGGAGAGCAUCCUGUCCCUGUGCGCCUCCUCGCAGGGGGCUGACCAGCUGGUGGCCGUGGAAGCCCUGAUCCACGCGGCGGACAAGGCGAAGCACGCCUCCUUCAUCACUGCCAACGGCGCCACACUCCUGAAGGAGAUCUACAAGCACAGCGAGCAGGACAGCAUUCGCAUCCGGGCUCUGGUGGGCCUCUGCAAACUGGGCUCAGCCGGCGGCACGGAUUUCAGCAUGAAGCAGUUUGCAGAAGGCUCGACUCUGAAGCUGGCGAAGCAGUGUCGCAAGUGGCUGUGCAACAAGGGCAUGGACGCGGGCACGCGGUACUGGGCGGCGGAGGGCCUGGCGUAUCUCACCUUGGACGCAGACGUGAAGGAAGAGCUCGCGGAGGACCAGGCAGCCCUGCAAGCCCUCUUCCAGCUGGCACGGUCAGAGAACAGGACCGUGAUGUUCGCGGUGGCAUCUGCCAUGGUGAACUGCACCAGCAGCUACGACCAGGAGGAGCUGGAUCCCCAGAUGGUGGAGCUGGCCAAGUACGCCAAGCAGCACAUCCCCGAGAAGCACCCCAAGGACAAGCCGGAGUUUGUGCGCCGGCGUGUGCGGAAGCUGCUGGCUGCAGGGGUGGUGUCGGCUCUCAGUUGCAUGGUGAAGAAUGAGAGCCCUGCCCUCAGCGCCUCCUGCCGGGAGCUGAUUUCCAGGGUGUUCCUGGCUCUCGUGGAGGACCCAGAGGACAGAGGUGUUGUGGUGGCCCACGGAGGGGGCAAGGCUCUCCUCCCGUUGGCGCUGGACGGCACGGACGUGGGGCAGACCCGGGCAGCACAGGCCCUCGCCAGGAUCACCAUCACCACCGCCCCGGAGAUGGCCUUCCCCGGCGAGAGGGUCUACGAAGUGGUCCGGCCCCUGGUGAGCCUCCUGCACGUGAAGCGCACCGGCCUGGAGAACUUUGAGGGGCUGAUGGCCCUCACCAACCUGGCCGGGACCAGCGAGCGGCUCAGGCAGAAGAUCGUGAAGGAGAAGGCGGUGCCGAUGGUCGAGGGCUACAUGUUUGAGGAGCACGAGAUGAUCCGCCUGGCCGCCACCGAGUGCAUGUGCAACCUGGCCCUCAGCCCGGAGGUGGCGGAGCUGUUCCUAGCCGAGGGGAGCGACCGACUGAAGCUGGUGGUGCUGUACAGCGGGGAGGAGGACGAGCGGCUCCAGAGGGCGGCGGCGGGGACCCUGGCUGUGCUCACCUCCUUGGUGCCCCAGAUCUGCCCCCGCAUCCCCCAGGCGACGGUCCACUGGCUGGAGAUCCUGCAGGCCCUGCUGCUGAGCCCCAGCCUGGAGCUGCAGCACCGCGGGGUGGUGGUGGUGAGGAACAUGGUCCUGGCGGAGAAGGAGCUGGCGGAGAAGCUCAUGGAGAGCGAGACGCUGGAGAUCCUGUCCGUCCUCACCGGGCUGGAGAAGGAGAAGCCCCAAGUGGCCCAGGCGGCCACGGAGUGCCUGGCCCGGGCCGUCACCUACGGCCUGAUCAAGCCCAGUCCUGUGGGCGGGGAGUGAGAGGCAGUCCCCCCCCCCCCGCAGGACACACACACGCGCACACACACGUCCUUCCCCGAGCACGCACUGCUUCUGCCUCGGCCCGUGUGCUGCUCUCGCUGCUGCCAGGGAGAGGGACCGAGGCCCGAUCCCGCGUGGGUUGUGGGACAGCGGGCUCUGCUCCAAAGGUUCCCUGCGCCACAGCAGUUGGAGCCCGCCCCGGAGCAGCUGGUGUGGGUGAGCGUGGCUGGUGAUGGGGAGCUGCCCGGAGCGCCCAGGGUCAGGGUCAGGGCUCCUCUCCGGGGGCCGCUUGCUGCUUCCUCCCUUCCCAUUCUCUCACCUUGGGGUGGAGCUCUCCUUUUGGGACCAGCCUUCUCUGAGGCAAAUAGGACCGCAGGUAGCAAGUACAGGUCGGAAUCGCCACCUGACUGACACAUGAGCCGUGGAAAACAGGGCCUCUUCAGCCAGCAGAUUUUCACCAUUACUCUGGUCGACUCUGUAAACACUACCACUUAAAAGUACAGGAGGGAAUUGAAAUUUGUGUCUGUGUGUCUUUGUCUCUGACUGUUCCCCACAUCUCUGCUAAAGGGAAUGUCUGCCCUCCUUUCGGGUGGACUAGGAGGGAUCCUGGACCACUUCCCCUUCAAGACCAGGUCCUCCCUCUGGGCCUGUUGACCCCAGCAGUCGCACGGGAUUCAAGUGUUACUCUUGGUCUCUCUCUUUCUACCCUGCCAUGUUCCCAGCAAGGAGAGAAAGCUGCCUGUUGCCAUGUAGCCGUGAACGCACAACAGGCCGAUAAUCAGGGAUUGGGGCCUUGCUGGUUGUUUGUGGUCUCUGGGUGCUUUGGGGGACUUUUACCAGUGGAGUGGAUGAGCCCUCACUACGGUCUACCCCUUGAAAGUCUUGACUGGUGACCAUGGUGGUUUGUUUGAGCAUCAUUCUUCAGGAGGGCAUCUUUGGGAAGUCAGCAGGUAUCUCUUGGAGCAAGGAGUUCCAUGAACUCUGAUCAGCUUGUGCCUUUUUAUUUUGAUAUUAUUCAGAGGAGGAAAAAAAUAUAAGUCUUUUU